AUGGCAACUACAUCAUAGCUUCCUACUAGCACGGUGGCCUCCAGCUCCUCCUGUUUUUUACUCAUACUGUGUGCAUUAGUGUAAAUGCACCUCAGCUGGGCCACCUUUUGGGAUGGAGAACACCUAAUACCCUCUUGACCACACUCAGGUGCUUUCAUAGUUAUCAACCUCUCACCAACCCUUGUGUCCUUUCUGCAAAUUGCUGUGUCAUCCUCAUCCUUCACCAAAACACAGGACUGCAAGGUCUUGCUAGCACUUUCCUCACCCACAAGAACUGGCACGUUACAUUCAGACUCCUUUCUAGUGACCCCGGUUCUACCCCCACCCCCCUUCAUACCUAGUUUAAAACUCUGUCAAUGAACCCUGCCAAGUCCCAUCCUAAAACCCUUUUCUGCUGGUCACCUGCCGGUGACACCAGGCUCGGAGCCAAUUAUUAAUCUGCUGGCUCAUCAUGUCCAGUCCCUCAUUAUUUCCUGUAACUAGAGGGACAGAGAAGAACACAACUUGUGCUCCUGAACCCUUGACCUCUCUCCCCAAGUCUCUUUAAUUGUACCAUGGUUUCCAACUCCUUCUAAUCAUUUCCCAUGCUGUGUGCAUUGGUGUAGAGGCACUUCAGCUGGGCUGUCGGUCUCAUUACCUUUUCAGAGGAGCCCUUCCAAAUUGCUUUGAAACAGUUCACAAGUAUUUCCUAAAGGGACAGUGUUCCUAGGUUCAUUUCCAUCACUCACAUGUACAUCCCCCUUCCCCAUCUGCAUCUAGUUUAAAACCCUGCUUAUAAUCCCAGCAGGCUUAUUAUAAUCAUUUUGUCUGUAAGAGAAUUUAGAGUAGGACAGUUGUAAGUAUCAAAACAUUUGGACUGUAAAUUAAGUAGACAUUAGGACGUUUUCCUUAGAAACAACUUUAGGUUUAAGAAGCUGACUUCUUUUCAGACAAAAUAAAGUGCUACUUAAGCUGAGGGUGGGUGAGAGUCUACAAGGUGACGCAGCAGGGACAGCUGACCCCAACUGACCAAAGGGAUGUCCCAUAUGCCGAGACUGGGGAACUACAGGCCAGUCAGACUCACCUCUGUGCCUGGCAAGAUAAUGGAGAAGAUCCUCCAGGAGACUCUGCUAAGGGACAUGGAAAAUAAGGAGGUGAUUGGUGACAGCCAACAUGGCCUCACUAAGGGCAGUUUGCGCCUGACAAAUCUGGUGGCCUUCUACAAGGGGGUUACAGAAUUGGUGGAUGGGGGAAGAGCAGCAGACAUCAUCUACCUGGACUGUGCAAAGCAUUUGACACUGUCCCCCAUGAUAUCCUUGUCUCUAAACUGGAGAGACAUGGACCUGACAGAGCGUGUUAGGACUCAAAACCAUUAGGUAGGUGCAAUGUGAAACAGGCAUUAUGAAACUAGCAAGGCAGAACGCUGACCUUGUGGGAACACACAUUGCUAGCUCAGCGAUAUGGCACCAGGCCACACGGGUCAUCCGGCACGAGACAAUGCUGCCAUCCGCACAGCACGCGCUGGCCAUGCAGCUGUGCGUGAUCGCAGCAGCCUAUCAACUAGCAACCUGUAGGGUUUGGGAGCACACAAGGGCAAAACUUAUAAACAGAGCAAGUUGCUCUGCAUCCGAGAGGCAGGAACAUCAACCGAGGUCAACGUUGCCUCCACGGGGACGCCCGCAAGACAUUGAUACCUACCACACUGACAGGGUGCCAAUCACGACCUGGCUAAGUAUCUGUGAUCUAUUGGGUCUCAGUAAUGGACAUCAGUGACCGGGAAAAGCAUCACGCUCAUUGGUACCCUUGCCAUCACCCUGGGGUCGUUCUCUCCCCCAUCCUGCUUUGGGGGGCAAUGGGCAAGCAGCUGCUGGGUCUUCAACUGUUGACUGGCAUUAACCUGCCAUGACCAACAGAAUGUAGAAACAGUACAAAACCCAGAUCUCCCCUCCUCUGCAGCACCUGCCCUUGUAGAUUUUGGGUGACCCCCAGCCCUGUUGCCCAAAGUGCUUGGUGGUGACCUGUGGGCCGGGGAAGUGGCGAAGGCUUGGCCAUGGGAAUGAAGAGCAGGAAGAAUUGCAAAACCCAGUUCCUUCCUCUGUUCCUAAUCUCCUUGCCUGCACUGUGCUGUGGCUUCUCCCACUGACGUUAAAGCUGCCUUGCAGCUCUCCAGAAGAGCCAUCCCUCUCUUUUCUGGGAAGCCAGAAAGAAAGGAGCCCUCCCGGACACCACCACCAACCAGCUGAGGUGACAUGCAAAAGCUGCUCCUCUCUGGUACGCCAAGUAGGCUGCAGUCCCCAGGUCAAGGGACAUUAAGCAAGAAAUUUUGUAGCCAAGCUGACCCACAGUUUCUUAUGGAAACACGAGAUGGAGGUGUUUGCAAAGAGCCAUGGUGUGGCAGUGCAAUUAAAGUGGGGGCUAUACUGAAGGACAGCAGAUGAGUUUGGCUUCUCCGGAAACCACAGCUCCCUUCCCAGCAGCUGGGGGUGCUGAUAGAGGGCCUGGCCAGCCCUGCUGGGAGCGCCGCUGCCAGGGCAGCUCCCAGUGCUGGGGCAGGAGGGAGGCAAAGCAGCAGGAGAGCAGACGUUGAGGGGUUCACGGGCUCUCCCCUGCAGGCCAUGCGGUUCCCUGUGCUGCUUGUGUUGAUCCUCCUGGCCCUGCUGCCCCUGGCCAGUGCCACUGACCCACAACAGCCCUGCCCAUCGGAGAUGAACAAGGUGAAGGACAUCCUGGAGGUGAACUGCACGGGGCAGGCUCUCAGCGCAGUGCCUUCUGGCCUGCCCGAAGACACGGGAAUCCUGCUGCUCAAUGACAACCACCUGACGUCUGUCUCCACUGCCGCCUUCUUGCCCCUGACCGUACUGCAGGACCUCGACCUGUCUGAAAAUGGGAUGGUGGCCCUGAACACCGAGUCCCCACUGCCGUCCCUCAGGGAGCUGCUGCUGUCCCGCAACGCGCUGGUGGCCCUGCCCAACCUGCAGGGCCUGCCCUCGCUCAUCCGCCUGGCCCUGUCCUACAACAUCCUGCAGAAUCUGGCCCCGGAGGCUUUCCGUGCCGUGCCGUUGCUGCAGGAUCUGGACCUGCGAGGGAACCGGCUGGAGACACUUCCUGGGGACACCUUUGCAGGGCUUCGGGCACUCAAGGAUUUGGACCUCUCAGACAACCUUUUGGAGGAGCUCCCCAAGGAGCUGCUGCAGGACUUGGAAGCGCUGGAGACCCUCUGGCUCUCAGGGAACCUCCUCCGCACCCUGCCCAACAACUUCUUCGUUGAUGGGCACAUCUUUGCCUAUGUCUUCCUCACCGAGAAUCCCUGGCACUGUGACUGCGACCUGUCCUACCUGCGGAAUUGGAUCCGGUUAAAUGAGGGGAGCGUCUACCAGCCAGAGCGGGGCCUGGAGAAGACAAAGGUGGAGGUGGCCCCAGAGAAGGUGCUGUGCCACAGCCCCCCUGAGCAUCAGCAUCAGCCUGUCAUCCACUUCAAGUCUGACUGCGGCAAUGUGGGGGACACAGAUGGGGAUGAGUAUGACUACGAUGAGGAAGGAACACCCCAAAAAACUACCAUGUCCCCUUCCCCCACAACACACCCAGCUAUCCCCAAAGAGCACACUACUACCCUACAUGCUCUUACCCAGCCUCCUCUCACUACCACAAAUCCUCCCAUCAGCUCCCCUUCUAGCUCCAGCCUUGCCCCAAGCACUUCCGAUGAGGUUCCUACAAGCACCAGCACUCCCAGCACCAUCACUCUUGCACCAGUCAGUCCCACCAUCGCAUCCACUGUACAGCCCCCCAGCACUACCCCUGUUCUAACUACUGCUCCCCCCACCACCUUCAUCUCCACCACCUCACUGACAACUGCUGUGAGCACUGGACUUCCCAGCACCAGCAACCAUCCCCAAACCAGCCUUGCCACCAGCACUGCCACCAGCACUCUCCCGAUGUCCACUGGCAUGUUUUCCACCAGCAGUCCCACAGCAUUGCCUUCCACUAGCACACCAAGGGCCUCUUUGGUCAUCGAAUCUUCAUCUUCUCUACUGUCCACCACACCGGUGGUCUCCACCACCAUGCUUUCUCCUCAUGCCCCAAAGUUGCUGGCUCCCCCGAACACCACACAUUUCCUCCAGCCAUCCCCUCUGCCCCCACCUCAACCUCUCUGUCCUUGCUCCACCACAGCAGAGACUGUGCCCAUGCUGCUCUUGCGGGCGGGUGGGGAGGGUCCUCAGUGGGUGCAGUGGGUGCUGAGCCACUGCUGCCUGCUGCACUUCGUGCUCUACCUGGCCUCCUUGGUUCUGCUGCUCCUGUCCAUGCUGGCUUUAGCUUGCUGGCUGCUUUGGAUGUGCCUGGUGGGAUGGCCUUCCUCGCGCAAAUCACUGCAGACCCAAGAGGUGCAGUACCCACUGUUGAGGCAGAGGGAAUCAACAGAAAGUCCUGUGUGGCAUCUCAGCAGCUUCCAAAGCCCCCUCCAACAAACCACAUUCUGCACCAUCAAGGAAAUAGAUCUGUGCCCUGAAGUCACUACAUCCCACACCUACUGCACAAUUAAAGACCUAGGAAUACAGGGCAGUCCUCCUGCAGAGUCUUCUUUCUGCACAACAAAGGAGCUGUGGGUCUGCCACUGUCCCCCGAAUACUUCAUUCAAGUCUUUCUCCACGAAGCUGACAGACACAAACCUUGCCCCCCUGCGGGCCCCUUCUGCUUACAGCCUGGAUAGGGGUGCCGAGGCCAUCGGCACUGUCAGCGUGAAGAAUGCUGGCAACACCUUGUAAAUGUAUGUUCAGAGAGAGGGAUGGAGGGUCAUGGCUCUGCCUCAUUUACCUUUGUUGCAUGAGGGGACGAUCUACUUGCUACAGAAGGGGAAGUCAUCCCAUCCCUCCCCCUAGCACUCCUCUCACACUCAUUGUGGUUGCUGGAUCUGAAAUAAUUACUUGGGUAGUUGGCAGGGGUAGAAGUCACCCCAGAGCAGAGUUUGGGGCUGACACUGCCUGAUUUUGGGGUUAGAACAGCUUUUUGAGCUUUUUUUUUUUUUUUCUUCUUUUGAGAAGAGCUUGCUUUGUACACUGUGUCCUAAUCACCUCUGUCUGAAUGGUGCACAUAAAGAUGUGCUAUGCUUUCAACUCAGUCCCAGGUUGCUAAUCACAGAAUAAAUAUUCUCUUUGCCUAACUUUCAAA